GAGAGGAGGGGCGAGGGAUCCCCCUGCCCUCACCCCUGUCAAGCCGGCCUCCCCUGCCCUUUGCUCCCUGUCAAGCGGAGGGUGGUGGGCCUGGACCUGGGUGAACUCGUCCUUCGGCCUGUGAAACUCUCGCCAUGGCUGUCGGUGGGGUCGGGGCCUCGCUCCUGCUGAUGGCCGGCAUCAUGGUAACAGUGGGGCUGUGCAGGAGAUUAACCCGCCGCCGGCUGCGCUCCCACCAGCGCCUUUGCGCUUUCCUUUUGGAGAUGUUUAGCACCUUCCAGAUUUGCGCCUGCACUAACGAGCUCUGCCUGCUCAGCAAUGUGGAGCCGAAGCCGCAUACCGCCCUCACUCUCACCUAUGGUUUCACCGUCCUGCACGGCUUGACUCUGACUGGCAGCACAUGCAAUCCCUGUGGCACUUUGCAGCCAAUGUGGGGCGGUGGGAUAUCGGUCAAGAUGGGUGGACUCAAGAUCGGCGCUCAGUUCACGGCUGCAGUGCUUGCCAGAAUGUUUAUGCACUUUAUCUGGAGCCUGGAGAUGGCAGAGCCACAUUUUGGAGCGCUCUCACAGAGCUGCGGCAACCCCAUGCAGACUACAGAGAUGCAGGCGUUCUGCAUAGAACUGCUCUUUUCUGUCAUCUUCCAGCUGACCAUCCUGCGAGUGGAAAGUGUUAAUCCCAAAUACAAAGUCCAUCUGAUGGCUCUUCUCAUCACCAUGCUCGUGUAUGCAGGUGGAAAUCUCACAGGAGCAAUAUUUAACCCAGCAUUGGCUUUUUCAUUACAUGCAAAUUGUUUCUAUGACAAAUUUUUGAGCUACUCGCUAGUAUAUUGGAUAGCACCAUCCUUAGGUACCAUACUUGUGGCUUUUAUAUGGGAUGAAAUCCUUCCUCGGAUAUCCCGAGACAUCCAAUUCUGAAAUCUAGAAGUACUAUGUUAAAAAGAUGCUUUCAACAUCUGCAGACGUGAAGCUUUCAGAAAACUGACAACAUCGACUUCCAGGCCACCUUUCAGUUGUUAUUUUCAGAUUUCAUGUUUGAAAUACUUGGUUUUACAACUUUGUAUGCAAAUAUUUAUUUUGUAAUGGCAUAUUGGGAUUUUGAGAAUAUCUGCCAGCGUUUUCAGUUAAGCCAUAUGAAUGCGAAGCACUGUUAAAACAUCGAAACUUUGUCACUUGAGCCAUAAGUGCCGUUUGCUGACCUUUAUGACAACAGCAGGCAAAAGUAAUUUUAGAGAAAUACCCAGUCCUUUCAAGGUUUGAUUUUAUUGGAUUUCUUCCCAUAGAAGGCACCUGCAAAAAAGGAGCUGAAGAUUUCAUUCUGAUAGUGACCUCAUGCUAUUCCUCCUCGCAAUACACGUACCUCCGAGAGGAAGAAAGGCCACACUACUCCCUAGAAGAGUCUCCACAGCUCUAUUCUAGACGUACCCUACACCAAAAGUAAGAGUCUGUAGGACCAGCAUUGUUUUAAUAAUACCCGAGUGCAGGUAAGUAACCCCUCGCUUCCUUUCCAGAAGGCUCUGCCCCGUCCUGUCUCACUACAGGCUACUGAGUGUUUGUCUUGGUUAGAAAGCGGUGAUAAAGUACCAUAAAAUUCUGUAGACACACCCAGAAAAGGGCAUUUUAGGCAAAAAAAACCCCCACAACCCCACCAACCUACUUUAUCUAAGAUUACUGCUGCCUCUUCACAUAGUAAAACAGACACAGUAUAUAGGGAGGAAUCAUGUGGAAUUUGAUUUGGCCUUGAUUUUAUGUAACUCUUACGAGCUGUUUUUCUUGAAAUAAGUAAAUUUGCACUAUAAGAGAAUAAAUAAAAGAGCUAAAACCGCAGGAAAGCUACAUACCCAAACCGGCACAAACA